AUGCCCCGCUCCUUGUCGCGCCGGAGUAAGGGUGAUCCCAACACUGGCUCAUCUCGAGACCGCCGCUACCCCAUUACCAGGACUCUAAACGCGAAGAACAUCCUCGUUCAAGAGACAGUUAGGCCCCAUGCGAUCCACAACUCGAAGAACAAGGGCGUAAUUCUUACCAGGCGAAAAAUUUCACCAAAUUCUCCUACUCCACGAAGUUCUCUGGUUGUCGAGUCCUUGUCUUCUCAGGCAGCGUCAUCCCCAAAGGCUCCACCAGCUGCAUACAGCGAAGUGAAGUUAUCAGAUUUUGCUGCCGCAGUUUUCGAUAUCCCCCCCACAUCUGUUAAUCUAAAGGAUAUCGCUCGCAAACUCGCCACAUCCUCGGAUUAUGAAUCCACGUGCCGACGCUUCCUUUCCUCUUUGGAAUCGACGUCCAGUACCGAAUCAGACACGAUCGAGGAUGGUUUCAUCGAUGUGCUCAAGCUCAUCUGCCGUCAAUGUGAUUUGUUAGGCCUUCCAGGUGCCUCUGACUUCAAUCCUUUCGCCCAUCCCGCAUACGAUCAGGAGGAUUCAGAGCAGUCAACUGAAGAUCAUUUUGUCCUAAUGGGUAUGCGGAGAGGUCCACUCAUGGACACUUGGAGCUGGGCAGAUCUCCUUGUUGCAAUUGAUACACAACCGGCCGAUUCUUCAUUUGGUUCGCACACCUGUCAGCAGUCAGCAGUCAAGCAUCCUGUCUUGUCUCGGGAAAAUGGUUCAAGCAUUGAUACCAAGUCACAUCAGGACCAAUCCGAUUCGCCGUACACUCUUCCUUCAUGCGCUUCUCGCUUGCGCCGGUAUGCCGAAUUAGUCAUGACUGCCAAGGGCAACAGAAGGCAUGUGAUUGGACUCUUGACAACAGGUUCGAACGUAUCCUUCUGGUACUUUGACCGCGGGGGCGGAUUUUACUCCGCCCCUGUCAACUUGUUGACCGAUGCUGUCGAGAUCAUAUCAGCAGUGAUGCAACUUGCGCUAAGCGGACCCGUCUCAUUGGGCUUAGAGCCAUUCAUUCAGUCGUCAUCGUCCUGGGAAGCUUUUGGGUCUAUCGAAGGCUCGUGUGUAGUUGUUGAUGGCAUUCGAUUCCUUUUGCACAAAACGCUUCACGUCGCUCGUGAAUUGGAGGGUCGCGGGACGGUCGUUUUCGCGGCUCAAAAGAUAGCGGAGUCUGCGCGGCUGGAUGACCGCAGUACAACCAUCCCCGAUGAUGUCAUAAUCAAGUUCUCCUGGCAGGAUGCGUCUGCCCCUUUCGAGGAUUUGCUUUUCAGGAGAGCUCAAGAAUGUGCAGUUGAAGGUAUUGCUAAACUAUAUUGCUCGUCCCGGCCUGCGCGCCUCUCUACUGGCCCUCGACGUGCUCUCGGGCUUAUUGCUGGCGUUGAUUAUCACGACCGAGAACUGAGAGUGCAAGUAAUGGGGCCGCUCUGCAUUCCCCUCUAUCGUGUCAAAGGACUUGAUGUGUUCAAGACGGCUUUCCGCUCGUUAGUCCAAGCCCACAGGAGCCUCUACGAAAGGGCAGGCAUCCUUCAUCAUGAUAUCAGCAUCAACAAUCUGAUGGUUGAGGAAGGCAACGAAGCGAAAGGUGUAUUGAUUGAUCUCGAUCUUGCGGUCGUGGUUAGGGGAGGCGACUCGCUUCACCCACAACGCCCAACGCUGGCGGGCACUCUUCCGUUCCUUUCCGUGGAUUUUCUAGAUCAACUUCCACCAAGGCGUCACAUGUACCGGCAUGAUCUAGAGUCAUUUCUUCUGGUGCUUGGAUGGAUAUUGAUUCGUUUCGACGAAAAUGGGACCGAAAUACAGCAAGAUGAACUCAGCGAAUGGUAUACUGGGACCCGUCACCAAAUGAAAUAUUCGAAAAGAGGAUUUUUCAGUCGACCUAUUGGCUCACCAGUCAGCCGUUAUCCGUCACUCCAGCAGUCCUGGUUAUGGGACCUUGGUCAAAUCUUUCACGAUGGCUACUCGAUGCGCGAUAGGAAGGCGGGUACUGGUGCAUUUGAUCAUGAAACACUAGGGGGACAUGUGACAUAUGGUUCGUUCCUUGAUAUCCUACAUUAA